UUUUCUUGGGCUUUUAGCCCUGUUAUUCACAUAAAAAAGAUGGCAGGAAAGAUGCAUGAACAGUGGAACCGGUUGCGAAUAGGCAAUAGCCACUGGAAGUUCAAACAAAUGAGGGACCAUGGAAUUUGAAUAUUUGAUGGAGCACGAUUCUUUCUUGUUUACCUGUAUGGAUCAAUGAGGAGAGGUCGUUGAGUGGUGCGGUUGUUUGACACGUGGCAGAUGUCUUACAAUAGUAGAUGAAAGCUGCAUCCAAAAGUCCAAUCGAAUCGAACCAGUGAGCUGAGUUUCAGGAAGAAAUGAUGGCGGCGGCAAGUUCCUCAUGCGUUUUCUGUGAGAUAGCCACCAGAUCCACCGCCACCACUCUUCUUCACUCUGACGAUAAGGUUGUUGCUUUCCAAGACAUUAGGCCUUCUGCUUUCAGGCAUUACUUGGUAAUCCCUGUGCAGCACAUUCCUACUGUGAAUGAUCUCCAAAGGAAAACUGAAGACUAUGCUUUGGUGACUCACAUGUUAGAGGUUGGGAGAAUGCUAUUACUUAGAGAUGCACCUCACUCUAACCACCACAGAUUUGGCUUUCAUCAGCCUCCCCUGAAUUCUGUUAACCACUUACACCUCCAUUGUUUGGCGCUUCCCUAUACACCCAGCAGAUGGAGAUUCCUAAAAUACAUGCCUUUAGGACCAAUUGGCUUCAUAGAAGCAGAGAGAUUUCUGGAAAAGAUAAAGCCAUAGCCCAUUCCCUCAAAAAAUAUAAAUGAACGUGGAGUACUUGAUUGUUCUUUUGCUAUAUUUUGCUUUUCCCUCUUCGAAAACAUGCUAGAUAUAGGAUCAAAUUCAAAAUUACAUCUGUUCAAUUUUUUUAUCAUUAAAGUGUGUAGUAACAAUUAUACUCCACUUUGACCUGUAGAUCACAGUAGAUGAUAUAUAAAUAUGAAUAAGAAAAGGAUUACACUUGCCUAAACCCUAAAACCCUAGAUCUGAGAUGCUCUUUGUUGUUAAUAUGCUAGCUUUGGCUACUUUUUUCGGCUUUCAGAAGGGAGCAUACAAUGCUUUGAUAAAGAAUACGCGUUUUAGUGGUUUGCUUACCAGCAAUUCUUUAAUAAACCUUUCCAAAUAAAAGGACUUACUACUUUGUGGAUUUUGUCUUAAACAAAAUCACUUAGCCAGUCCUCAUUUAAUGGAAUUGGAGAACUUUGGGAUGUCCAUUACAGUUAGGCAUUAUUUUAUACGGUAUAGGUAAGUAGGUAAUACUUAUAGCAUAUUCACAGCAUAUUUUGUCUGCUGGGAAAAAGCAUUUGGACCCAAAGAUCAUCUUGUAAAUAAAAUGGAUUAAUUGAGAAAUAUUUUUUUACAUGUAUAUAAAUAAAUUUUUUAGUGACAUUCUUGUUGAUGUUGAUUUUUUUUUUUAAAUGUGGUACAAAUAUAAUCAAUUUGAUAGAUAGUGAUAACCUGAUGGUUGAAUUAAUGAAAAUUAUAUUCUAGUGUAAAUGUGUGAAGUUUUGUAUUAGUCUCAAUAAAUAUUUGCUUGUGCGGGUUUGCCACUUUUAAUUAUUUUAUUAAAAUUUUAUAAGUCUUUUAUAAGUGUAAACUAUUUUUAUCUUCCAAAUUAUUUCUUUGAUUGGUCUACUUAAUUUUAAUACAAUGUUAAAUCUCAUCCUAUAAUACUAUCGAGACACUCUGCACAUAUUCAAUUGGUCUAAUCUCACUUCAAGUGAUUGUCUAUUUCUAAGUGUAAGAGAGUAUUAGAGAUUAACAGUUUUUAUAUGUACCAAGACAACUCUUGUUUCUUGAGUUAAUUUUGAGUUGUGUGAGGUCCAGUGAAUUUAACAUUGUUUCAGGCUCUCAUUUUCACAUUAUAACAACAGCUCUCUGUAUCAACA